UUUGAUCUAAUUUUUCUUUCACCGAGUACUUUUGGACUUAUGGCUGAUGGUUUCUCUUCUUCUCGCUUGCAGUACCAAACGUGGUCCCUCUCCUGACAGGAUGGCUCCAACGACGACGAUCGAAACUGUCACCAUCACCCGGCCACUCAAGGUAAUUGCCUUCAUCUGCGGAGUGAUAGUGGGCAUACUGAUGAUCCUGGCGCUAACUUCCACGGACUGGCUGAUGGCGGAAAGCUGGCGCCAGGGACUGUUUGUGCACUGCAUCGAGGAAGACUACUCGCCACCACUGCCGUUCAACCUGCAGGACCCAGCCGGGUGCUACGCUAGCCGCGACGUCACGUACAUCAAAGCCACUGCAGGCCUUUGUAUCAUCACGCUGGUCACCGAUAUCAUAGCGACGAUACUGACCGGUCUCGGACUGAACACACAGGACCACAAUCGCAAGUACAAGUUCUACCGCGUGGCCGUACUCGUCAUGAUGGUGGCAUUGAUUUCGCUACUGGUGGCCCUCAUCCUGUAUCCCGUGUGCUUCGCCGCAGAACUCAAUCUAGAUCCGCACUUCAUUGCAGGAAACCGUCCGGUGUGGGAGUUCGGCUGGGCGUACGGCGUCGGCUGGGGUGCUGCCAUCUUCCUGUUCGGGGCCGUCGUGCUGCUCCUGUGCGACAAAGAAUCCGAAGAGAUCUACUACAAGGAAAGGAAAAUAGUACACGACGCCUCGAUGCGAGACUAGGCCCGGCCACACGCCCUGCCCGAUGUUGUACUUUAGGCUUUUUAAAUGAAAUCGAGAAAACUAAUUGUCGUUCACAAUCCUCUCAAAAAAAAGUGUUAUAGAGAUGAUGUACCAAUCAGAAAACGUGGAGAAAACAACAGUGGAAAUCUAAAAUCUUAGACAACAAAAUCACGCAAGCUAAAAAAACGAUACCUAAAUCAUAUUUGAUGUGCUCUAAACACCCGAAUGAAUGUUGAUUGCUAUCUUUGGAGCGUUCCCGAUUUUUGGCACUCGAUCGAUGAGCGAUGAAUUUUCGUUUUAAAAUAGUCACAAACCAGCUUCGAAUAUUCGGGCUCGAGUUAUUCUUUCGUUCACCUUAAGCAGCCGAAUUAUUGUAAGUUUAUUGCUCGUACACUGGAAUUAACGUUAACAGCAUAACCUAGAAAAUGUUUAGACCGCUCGAGCAAAAUUCAAAAAGAAAAGAAAACCUAAAGCAAGUUCAAAGUUUUAUGUUUAGAAGUUAGGCUGCUCCGUAUUUAAAUCUCUGAAUCUCUUACUCAAAAUUUAACGAACCAGAAAACGAACAGAGACCCCGAAAUAAACAAUAGAAACCUUCAGACAAGAGAACAACAACCAGAAGCAAAGCAGGAGAGGAGCAGAAUGCGGAGAUUGAACGCGAUUUUUUGAGAAGUUAUUAAAAAGCAAUUAGAUAAGCCGGUAAACAUCAGCAUGUCGUCACGCAGCCGAUUUGAAGAUCUGAUUAGAAUUACGAAACGACCAACAACAAAGAGCAGCUAAAAGCGAAAAAGAACGUGACAUGGGCAAGGGUGAGGCGCCGUAAAACAACAAUGCUAAACUAGUUUAUACAAGAAACACGUAUUUAUUGAAGCAAAAAAGAAAACAAGGAAUCGACUCUAUUUAUACAACAAUGUUUUUCCGAAAGCGAGUUCAAAAAUCAUGAACAAAAUCAAGUGGAAACAUUUAAACCGAAGGAAUUCAUUAGCGGACUAUGCAACUACUACUACAAUUACUAUUGUAAAAUAUUUACUCGACGAAUUGAUAUUUGUUUUGAAAAUUUUUAAUUUGUGUUAUAAUAUUUUAAGGUGUUUUAUUCUGGGAUAUGGAUCUUAGAUGAAAAUGUGGUCUUUCUUAUACAAAUGAAUACUAUCGGACGAAUUUUCUACUCUUAACCAUGGACACAGAAAAUAUCUUGUAAAAACACAUCCUUUUUCGCAUCACCAGGAACUAAGAUUUACAGUAACUUUAUCCAAAUCGUACAUACACAAAAGUUUCAGGAAAAAACAGAUACUCAUUUACAGAAAAUAACAAUAUCCAGCACUCCAUAUCGAACAGUUCUAUCAACAAAACAAACAACCACAGUCGCGCAACAACACACUUUUACACAUCUAUAGGUAGGAGUUACUCUCUUGGACUGCCUUCCUUUAUAUUGGACCUUGUGGUAGUUGACACCAGUGACGAAUUCUGACACGUUCUGAACUACGACUCUCAACAAAUACCUAUUAAACAACCGUCGAAGGUUCACAUAAAUAAUCAAAAUCAUAUCCACUUUUUUACGAGAAAAAAAAACAAGUUUGAAUCGAGAGGGAUUCUUCCACGGAACGAUCGUAUCGAGUGUAGACAGAUUUAUAAUACUAAUCAUUUUAUACUUGCCCCCUUUUCCCAAAGGUAUUCACAGUUUGUAGUAGACUUACAGGAACGUGACGAUUAGAAUAACAAGAUUGUAGUGAAAGAGUAUUCAGCACAAAUCGAACGAAAUCAUUGGCCAUGCAUUUUCUGUUUCCGCGAUCUUAGUUCUUCUGCAGUGAACACAGUCUGUGUUCAUUUUGUGCAUAUUCAUUGUCCAUUUCUGCGCUAAAAACAUGUAACAUUCAUCGUUUCGAAAAUGAAUGAAUCUAAUUUUAUCUCAUCUAACUCAAGUAAACUGUAAUUUGCUCUACAUUAUCAACCACUAUACGUGCAAACCACAUACUCGAAAAAAAAAUACUUGUUCUAAGUACCAACUUCCUUUACUGACUUGAGAAAAACAGCUAACAGCUAACGUGAAUUGAGUAAGCAGAACAUCUAGAUCAAAUUAUUAUUGAAAUAUCUGUCAAUUGUGUAAAUAGGUAUCGCUACACUAAAUUAUAUGUAAUUAUCAUCGAUUGACUUUCAAUAAAGAGUUUUAACUACAAAAUCUGC